UUGGAAAUUGCUUGUCAUUCGCAUUCAUUUCGUUGUUCUUGAAAAAAAAGAAGGAAGAAAAGAAAAUUAAGCUCUUCCGAUAUUGAAAAAAACGCAAAAGUUACAAAAGAACUAAAUUAAAUAAUUUAAACCAAUCUUCAUUUAUUAAUCUUUAUUUAAAUAAACAAAAUACAAAUAUGUUUGGUCGUCAAAGCGGUCUAAGUGGGUCAUCCGGUGGCACUGGUUCCUCAUUAGUGGAAUUCCGUGCUGGUCGCAUGAAUAUGGUUGGUAAGAUGGUCCAUCCUGAUGUCAGGAAGGGUUUGGUCUAUCUCAAUCAAAGUGAAGAUGGUCUAAUGCAUUUCUGUUGGAAGGAUCGAGUUUCUGGAAAAGUUGAAGACGAUUUAAUUGUUUUCCCCGAUGACUUCGAAUUUAAACGCGUCGAACAGUGCAAAACUGGUCGAGUGUAUGUUUUGAAAUUCAAAACCUCGUCACGAAGAAUGUUCUUCUGGAUGCAGGAACCAAAGACCGAUAAGGACGAAGAACAUUGCCGACGUGUGAACGAGCUAAUGAACAACCCGCCAUCGGCUAAUCGCAGUGGCAGCGAUAGUGGCGACUUGCAGUACAUGCUGAACAAUAUGUCGCAGCAGCAACUCAUGCAGUUGUUUGGCGGUGUUGGUCAAAUGGGCGGACUGAGUUCGCUUCUUGGAUCGAUGAAUCGUUCGUCGGAUAGCAGCUCUUCACCGCGAACAGCAAGUACUCCAACUUCUAAUCGCCUAAAUGCGAGCACUUUACUAACUCCAGAAAACUCUUCGUCAUCGAUUCCUCGUACUCCGUCCGCUCCAAAGUGUGCUAGAGGCUCAAACGCCGGUUCGAAGAAAUCCUCUGACGCAUCGGGCGGUGGAUCUGAAGAGGUGAGCUUCCCAGGUCUUCGUUCUUUCAUAUCAGGCUUGUCAACCGAUUCAGCUGGAGCUACAGCAGGAACCGGGCGUACCAUUAACAUUGAUUUGUCUACUGCUAUUGCCUCUUCCGACGCUGUUAAUCAAAUAAUUGCUGACCCAGAUCGUGCUAAUACACUUUCCGUUCAUCUGCCUGAAACCGAUGAAUCCGACGAGAGCAAGCGCCAGCAGAUCAAAGAAACAUUAUCGUCGCCUCAAUUCCAACAGGCCCUAUCGCUUUUCUCGAAUGCCCUGCAAUCUGCUCAAUUGGGUCCAGUUGUAUCACAAUUCGAAUUGUCGCCGGAAGCAGUUGCUGCUGCCUACUCAGGAGACUUGGAGCAGUUUGUUAAGGCGUUGGAAAAAUCUAAGCCAAAUAUUGAGCCUACUAAGGAGGAAACUGUCGAAAAAAAAGAUUAACAUGAGAAGCAGAGUUUCACGGCUCCAAAUGGUUUUCAAAUGGAAAAAUUAUAUUUUUGUGAAAUUAUAGUAAUCUUUAUAGCAUAACUGGCUUGGUGUGUUUCAAAAUUAUAAAACCUCACUCAAUUUGUCGCGUUAGAAAAACUUAAACAACAAAAAAAUAUAUAUUAAACAGUGGUAACCAAAUGACCCAUUCAAAUUUAAUAAAAUUAAUCGCAUAUUUAACCAAAAUAA